GCAUGAGUUCGAAGAGUAGAAACACUCGCUCAGUAAGGACGCAUUGCUUCCUUUUUUUAUCCGAAUCAUAACACAUUUUUAUUCACUGAUGCCCAUUUGAGUGGUAUUUCAGCAAUGCUGGCACAGGGACCCAGAAGAUGCAAAACCAAUAGCAUUUGGCAGCAGAGCAACAACACCAAUCGAGUGCAGAUGUGCCCAGAUCGAUCUCGAAGCACUUUCAGUGGAUUUUGACCUUAGGAGAUUUCAAACUUAUCUCGUUGGAGGGCCUAUAGCUAUCGUACUAACUGGCCACAAGCCGUUGGUGAGUAUCUUUGGCAGCACAAGAAAAGAAUCUGCUCGAACUGAUCGUAUUAAAUUACGUCAUCAGGACAUUGAUUACGAAGUUUAACGGCGUGCUAGCAACGUGGACCUCGCUGAUUUCAUAUCACGCCUAGCUAUCCCUUUCCAACGAAACUAACAAAUUAGAGAAAGCCGUGCGGCUAUUGCAAUUCUCUCCAUGCUUAGAAACAAUUUCAAUGAAAAAGAUCAUAGAAAAAUCGAAAGCUGACGAAGUGCUUGCACGUCUAAGCAAGCACCUUAAACGUGGAAAGAUUCCAAAAGAAGACAAAGAAAAUCUUGGACUAUCUAACGGAAUCAGAUGAAGGUUUGCUCCUGAAGAACGAAUUAUUCCACCAAAGUCGUGUUGGAAAGUUGCUAUCGAUUAAGCGCGCCUAGGUGGACACCCCGAAGCUAGUAGACUGAAGAGGACACUGACAACACAUUACUGGUUUCCAGAACUAAAUGAAUUGGUAACUCAGAAAAUCAACACAUGUCAAGGAUGCCAACUCUUCACAAAGAAAACAACGAAAGAAAAUUGCAUUGGAAACAAGCGAAACCACAUGAGAAGACGUCAACAUCGAUUUUUUUUAUCCAAUGCCUGAUAAGAAACAUAUUCUCGUUGUUCAAGAUAACUUUUCCAUAUUCCCUGCAGAGAAAAUAGUGCCAUCAACGUGAGAUAAGCCGGUACUGUCAGCAGUAAAUGACAUAUACAUGAACUACGGGUACCCUGAAACUUACCGAAAUGACAGCGGUUCUCCAUUUAACAGCCACGAGUUUGAUACCUACUUGACAUAAACGGUAUUUCAUACACAGAAAUAUUUCCAUACCAGCCACAAACUCCUACAGAAACAUUCAUGCGACCCAUUGGAAAAUCCAUGAAAGUAGCAUUCGAGACGAAGCAGAACAGUGACCAGUCGUUGAAUGAACUCUUGUCUGCUUAACACCGCACCCACGACCGGUUUAGCACCAGGAAAUAUCCUGGUUCGUCAUGGAUAUCAUUGAGAAUUCUCAAGAAACAUAUACCCCGAUAACCAAGGUAAGGAGGCUCGACUGCAAGACAAAAAGCAGAGGCGUGAGCGAGGUGAGCGUCAAAACAGCCGCGUCAAACGUCGUCCAUACCAAGCACUACCAGGCGAUAAAGUAUUUGCUGCUAAACAAAAACAACAGUCGAAAUACAAGCCUCUAUACGAAAGAUCCAGCUAUAACGUGGUAAGCAUGACGGGAAAUCGGGUUUAAUUCUGCAGAGUCAGGACAGCAAUUCCACCGUGCGUCGACACAAGGAUGACGUUAGCCUUAUCAUGUCGACAACAAACAGGUUCAUUUAGACGAUACUUGGUACUAGAAACAGCAGCAAGACAAACAAAACAGAGCAGUCAUACACCCGGCUCCAGCAGAGUUAAAUAUGCAAUGUGAUGCUUGGUCAGCUAAAUGUGAGCAAGUUGUGGGUCAGAAAACAUGUGGAUUUAGCGAUAAUUUUGUUGCAAACAUGACUGAAAGAAAUCUUUCCUUAGAUGAAAAAGAAUACACAAAAAAGCUUGAACAAAAAUUGCAACGUCUGCAAAAUGAAAAGCAAAAAGUGUCUGGAAAAAUAAUGUUGGAGCAUUUAAAAGAGAAGCGAGAAUUUCAUAUGAACGAGCUUAUGAAUGGGCUGGAUGUGUAUACCGACUCCUCGGCUGCCGGUUCUCCGUCUUUUAUGGACAAAUUAUACAGUACCAACAGCCUGUACCGCCAUUUGAAUCCACAACAGGCAUUAGAUGCGAGCGAAAAAGAACCAUUCGUUGAACACGAUCAGCUAGCCACCAAACACGUCGAAAGUUAAACAAAAAUCAUACGUGCUGUAAAGUGGAACUUCGCCUGGACUGAUUUUUGAAGCAAGUUUGCUCGAUUAUUAUGGAAAUAAAUAUGACAUGCGUGCCAAGCCUCAAUUUUUCGGAAGUUGUUUAUCAAUAAGUGGUAUUUCAAGUGAAGUUUAACCACAGAGUGUCUUGCAAAACAAUCUUAUAGCAGGUCUUUCAAGUGAAGUUUGACCGUAGGGUGUGCACCCAAAAGUUUACUUAAAUUUUGUAACGUUUAUAAAAUAUACACCAGGCUAGAGAUUUUAAGCGAACGUGUAAAUCAACUUUUCAUUUGGAAAGACGAAAAGACGGAGCACAGUAUUAGUCGUUCUUUAACUCAUGAUUUUGUCGUCCCUUUCUUCAAUAUUAUUUUCUAUUAACAGUUUGAACCCCGUGUCGUCCCCAAUAAAUACGUAAAGUUAAAAUAUUGAAUGUAAGACUUAAAAAUAUACUACCUUUAUAUUAUCUUUUUCAUCUUUUGUCUAAUUUUUUUUAAGCUGUUUCUUUAAAACAACAGUUUUGCGUAAGUUGAGAAACUGGUAAAUAUUUUCACGUUGAAGCCAAGAAACUUUAAAGACACAACAACUGGGUUAAAUACUGCUGCGUUAUUAUCGCCCUCGCAUACAGCGCACGUCUAUCAGAACGCUUAGUGAAGAUUUUGAAAUUUCGCAAAUCGGCUAAAUGGAACGUAUUGGCGUAGCCCCAGUUAGGUACAUUUUCAGAUGGUGCUAUAUAAAAGAAUAUCUUCCUGUAGUGAAAAUUCAAAAACGUGUUUAGUCCGCGGAAAAAAUGAAUCAAUUUUUGGACUGUGACUCAUAAACACUUUGCGUGUUGCCGUGGAAGGUUUAUUUCUCACUUGGAUUAUCAUAAGUAUUGUGGAUGGUGCUUGGGAAAAAAAAGAAUAACUCGUGUCCAAAGCGCUCACAACGCUAAUACAAAGUUAUAUCAGCAAUGACCACACGACACAUUUUUUAUUAUCUGCGUAGGAGAUCGGUGAGUGAUUGAUGAGCAUAAAGUGUUUUGAAGUUUUUCCAUCUUUAGAAGCUUAUUCAAGAAAGUGAAAAGAUUGACUCGCAAUAUAUCGUUUAUAACAGCAGCUUUACAGUCAUAACAUGCUCAGCAUCGGCUUAUUGUUGUUUUUGUCAACCGUCAACACUUUGGAGGUGGACAUUCUUGAUUCUUUUAACUUAAAAGAUGGUCAAAAUGGUGUGCAAGCUACGACAAGCUGCAAAGUGGGAAAUGGUUACUAUUUUGGUCGAACGUCCAACGGUAUAACUGCUGUUAAUGAGGUUCUAAAAGAAGUGGUCGAACUUCUCACACAACACCAUUCGUUUAUUAUCACGUUCAAAGUAAGACCCGAACCAUACCAUAAAGGGUCUAUUCUCUGGUUAGAACAGAAGCGCACAGCGACACCAUUAUUUGGACUGUGGAUGAGGUCGGGAAAAACUGGAAAAUAUGGUUUGCAAUUCUACGGAAAGACUGGAGUUGAAUAUGUUACGCUGCAAGAUACAACUAAGUACGAUGAUGUUGAAUGGCACACUGCUACUCUGCAUUUUCACAAACAGAAGAAAAAGAGUUUAGUAAGCUUGUACGUCAACUGCAAAUUGGUCGAUAAGAAGAAAGCUCGAGUGUUGAUUAAAAAUGGACCAAAAGAUGGUUUAGAACUACGUCUAGGACAGCGAGAAAUAGCUGGAAAAAUUUUCUCCAGGUUUAAGGGCAGUUUAACCAACUUUCGUUUAAUAUUUCAAAGAAAUAUAUCAACGUAUUUGCAACAGAAUAAAUGCAAACCUCCAACCGAACCAUCCUAUGCACCGCCUGCGGAGAAUCCUUUCAAGAAUUUGCCCUUCAAGUCGGUUGCCGGUGCAACAACCACACGCUCAAUUUUGUCAUCUCUGUCAGCAAAUGAAAUUUCAUCCAUCUUUCGUCAUUUGGAAAACCAUGGCAACAACGUGCCGUCAUCGUCGAAAUUACAAGAGAUUGUGUCGCUCUUAAAAGACGUCCGGGCACGCCAAGACAAUCAGGUAUUUGAAAUGAAAAGUUUGAAAGAAUUAGUACUGUUGGGAGGCAGGCGAGACAAUGUAUUCCAAACAUCGAGCAAUCAGAACAUUUCAAACGCAUGCUCUUCGUCGCCAUGUUAUCCGUUUGUAACUUGCGUGUCAACAGGCGAGACAUUUACAUGUGGUAAAUGUCCUGUGGGUUUAGAAGGGGACGGUGUCAAUUGUAAAGAUAUUAACGAAUGUGAUGAGCUACCCUGUUCGUCCGUAUCAAGAUGCGAGAAUAAAUUUCCCGGAUAUAUGUGCCACGCAUGUCCAAAAGGCUACCGCGGAGAGGAAGUGAUCGGAAUUGGUCGAGAGUUUGCUCGUCUCAAAAAACAGGAAUGUAGAGACAUAGAUGAAUGCAAAGAGAAUCUUCAUUCUUGUGAUAAACAUUCCAAGUGUACCAACACACCCGGCGGUUUUAAAUGCGGUAAUUGCAACCCGGGGUUCAAAAAAAAUCGACAAGGAAAAUGCUUACCUAUUGAAAUGUGUACAGGAAAAGAUGUUUGCUCUGUUUAUGCAACAUGCGAACGUUCAGUGCAUGGUGCUCGCUGUACUUGUCGUGCGGCAACAGCAGGUGAUGGCUAUGUAUGUGGCAACGAUCAAGACGGUGACGGAUAUCCUGACGUCGACUUAAAUUGUGAUGAUGCGCAUUGUAAAAAAGAUAAUUGCCCCUCUGUACCAAAUAGUGGACAGGAAGACGUUGAUGGCGAUGGUGAAGGCGACGCUUGUGAUGUCGAUAUUGACGGCGACGGUAUUCAUAACGCAAUGGAUAACUGUCCAUACGUAGCAAACAAAGGACAAACGAACAGUGACAGUGAUGAGCAUGGCGACGAGUGUGACAACUGCAUGUUUGUCUUUAAUCCUGAUCAAGAGGACCACGAUCAAGAUGGGAAGGGAGAUGUAUGCGACAGAGACAUGGACGGAGACGGUGAGCUAAAUUUUAUUGACAACUGCAAAACUGUUAAAAAUGCAGACCAGAUGGAUCGAGACAAAGAUGGCGCGGGGGAUGUGUGCGACAAUUGUCCAGAUACAUAUAAUCCUAAGCAGAAAAACAUUGAUGGCGACAGAUAUGGUGACAAAUGUGACAAUGAUAUUGACAAUGACAAGGAUGGACACAUUGACAAAUUUGACAACUGUCCACAUGAAGCAAACGCUGACCAAUUAGAUACAGAUUCUGAUGGAAAAGGUGACGCUUGCGAUGAUGACGACGAUGGAGACGGUGUUGCAGACAAUGUUGAUAACUGCCAUCUAGUUGCCAACCCAGCACAGAGUGAUUUUGACGGUGAUGGUGUUGGAGACGUCUGUCAAGGGGAUGAAGACGGUGACGGUAAAUUAUAUGACGACACUUGUCCUCAAAACAAGUAUGUUUCCACAACAGAUUUCACACGUCAUGACGUUGUGUUACUGGGGACAAUGGAUCGACAAGCUCAAAAACAUCCGAAGUGGGCCUUACAUGAUCAGGGUAGGGAGAUAGUACAAGAGAGAAAUUCGGCGCCAUCUUUAAUUCUAAGUAAGAACAGUUUCAAUGGAUUCGAUUUUACUGGAAGCGUUUUUGUGAACACGAGAAAUGAUGAUGAUUUCAUUGGAUUUGCUUUUGGUUUUCAAAAUGUUCGAAAGUUUUACUUGCUGUCUUGGAAACAAAAAACGCAAAGCUAUUGGCGCAGCAAGCCAUCAUACCUCUCCACGGCGAAAGCUGGUAUCGAAUUAAAGUACAUUCAUUCGUCAACUGGGCAGAGUUUUGACUUACGUGCUGCUAUUUGGCAUUCUGGAAACGUCACUAAUCAAGUGACACAACUAUGGCGGGAUAAAGCGGAGCGAGGUUGGGAGGACAAAGUGCCGUAUAAAUGGUUUUUAAUGCAUCGACCUAGCAUGGGACUUAUAAGAUUAAAAGUUUAUCGACGUAGCGCCAUUUUGCUAGAUACAGGAUACAUCAUACACAACGAUAUCAAGGGUGGUCAACUCGGGCCGUAUUCUUUCAGCCAAUCAGGAAUGAUAUGGUCAGAUGUUAAGGUCACAUGUAACGAAGAGAUACCUGAAGAUAUUUUGGCGGCUAUUCAACCAAAAAAAUCGAAUUAGCAAAUGAUAAAUGUAUCAAUUGAAAAAAAUUAACAGCACUCGACAUUUUAGUGAUUUUCAUACACGAGCUUGUCGAACACUUUAACGAAGAACAAUAUCUGGUGUAAACGAGACACAACAAGACAAAAUAUUUCGUAGGUGUCGAAUAUAAUAUGAUGUAUAAAAUACCGUAGUUAAAAAUAAAACCUUUUUAAAUUUA